UGGGGCCAAAGUCAGCAGAGACACAUGGCACAGGCCAAGAAAAGCAGCCGCGUGUGAGUUGGUUUGUGUAAUCUAAUAUGUAUGUGUAUAAUCGUAAGUGGCUAUGGAUUUCCCAAAUACUGGAUAGGAAUUCAACACUUCUCAACCGUCCAUCAAUCUUCCCUCUUAUUCAAUCUCAACCGUCAACUUUCUCUUCCCUAAGCCUCUUCUCUCUUCCUCUUAUCACCAAAACCCAAAAAAACACCCAUUUUCAACCAUUAAAAAAAAAAAAAAAACAGACACACAGUGAGUGAGAGAGAGAGAGAGAGAGAGAGACCCAGAGAAGCUCUACUCCAAUGGCCGCUCUGCAGCAAACCCCAAUUGCAUUCCAACCAAAAUCCUCACUUUCCUCAACAACAACCACCCUCCGUACCGCACCCAGAACCCUCUCCUUCUCCUUCUCCACCUCCACCACCUUCCCAUCCCUCACCCUCACCCUUCCUUCCCGACUCCGCCGUUCUUCCUCAUCAGCCGGCGGAGCUCGCAUGAUGGCCGCAUCAGCCGCCGGGAGCUACGCUGUAGCCCUAGCCGACGUGGCGAAAUCCAACAACACACUGGACGCGACGUCGUCGGACGUGGAGAAGAUCGAGAAGCUGUUCGCGGAGCCGAACGUGUUAGAGUUCUUCACUAACCCGACGAUCGACGAGGAGAAGAAGAAGAAGGUUGUGGAGGAGGUGGUGAGCUCGUCGGGGCUGCAGCCGCACACGGCGAACUUCUUGAACAUCUUGGUGGAAGCGAAGAGGAUCGACUUGAUCAACGACAUCGUGAAGGAGUUCGAGACGGUUUAUAACAGACUGACGGAAACGGAGCUGGCGAUCGUGAGCUCGGUGGUGACGCUGGAAUCGCAGCAUUUGGCUCAGAUUGCGAAGCAGGUGCAGAAGCUGACGGGAGCUAAGAAUGUGAGGAUUAAGACGGUGAUUGAUCCGAGCUUGGUUGCUGGGUUCACGGUCAGGUAUGGCAACUCUGGUUCCAAAUUGAUUGAUUUGAGCGUCAAGAAGCAGUUGGAGGAAAUUGCUGCUCAGCUUGACCUUGGUGAUAUUAAGCUUUCUCUAUGACUUUCAUCUUUAUCUUCCUUUUUUCUUUUCUUUUUUUAAUGGGGUUUUGUUUUUUAUUUUUUUUUUUGGGUUAUUUUUGGUGGGUUGUUAAUUGUAUUAUUUGAGGUGUAAAAUCAUGAUUUUAAUAAUGAUAUAUAUACUGUUUGUUUCA